ACCAAGGCGGCGCUGAAAGGAAUCCUCAGGGACUGGGAGUGAUAAAGAGGGAUUAAGUACCUUUUUAAUUUUUGUGACUAUAGUCACCACCAAAGGUAAAUGACCACUACCUUGUGAGGUCAUUGGUGAGCGGCAGAUCUCUGCCUCUUUCUCUGAAGAACUGGAAAUGACCAAGUCCCUGGGAUUUGUGUCAUUCAAGGAUGUAAUUGUAGACUUCAGCAGGGAGGAGUGGCAACAAUUAAACUUCGCUCAGAAAAGCCUAUACAGGGAUGUAAUGCUGGAAAACUAUUUCAACUUGAUCUCAGUGGGGUGUGAAGUUCCCAAACCAGAAGUCAUUUUCAACUUGGAGUAAGUAGAAAAGCCAUGUGUGUUAGAUGAUGAAACCUCAAGUCACAGCUGUCUAAAUGGGGAUAUUUGUUCUGAAACUUCACAACAGGGAAUAUCUGAAGAAGUUUCAAUCCAGUUUGAGAGAAUUUAUCUCUUUACAAGAGAAGAUCCAUAUUCCAUUUUAGAAGAAUUGUGGCAAGAUGAUGAACAGAUAGGAAGAUGUGAGAAAAACCAGAACAAACAUUUACGUCACAUUGCCUCCAUCAACAAGAAAACACUAGCUAAUGAGAGGGAUUAUGAAUAUAAGAACAUUGGGAAAAUAGUUCAUGUAAACACAUACCUUGUUACUUCAAGAAGACUCCAUAACUAUGACUCAUUUGGAAAGAGUUUGAAGCCUUUUGUAAGCUUAUGUAAUUGUAAUAGAAACAAUGAAACAAAAAAUCUUUAUAAGAUUAUUGAAUAUGGUAAUAGUUUUACUUAUAUGAAUUCUCAUACAGAAAUGAAUGCUUGUGAAUGUAAUCAAUGUGAGAAACUUCUGAGUCAUAAGAAAGCUCUCAUUCAACAUAAAAAAAUUCAUAAUGGAGAGAACCUCUAUUUACUUUCUUAUUGUGUAAACACUUUCACCCAGAAGUCACACCUCUUUGCACAUGAUAGUAUUUAUACUGAAGAGAAAUGUGAAUGCAGCAAAUGUGAGACAAUCUUCUCUCAGAAGUCCCAACUUGCUGUACCUCAGAAGGUUUACACAGGAGAGGAAAGUUAUAUAUGCACAGAGAAUCACUAUAAAUGCAGUGAAUACAUAAAAGCAUUUAUCCAGAAGUCAGAUCUGUUCAGAUUCCAAGGAAUUCAUUCUGGAGAAAAACUGUAUGAACACAUUGAAUGUGGAAAAAACAUAUCUCAGAAUUCAAACCUCAAUAUACAUAAAAAAAUUCAUACUGUGGAGAAACACUUUGAAUGUACUGAAUGUGGAAAAGCCUUCACAAGGAAGUCAACACUAAGUAUGCAUCAGAAAAUUCAUACGGGAGAAAAACCAUAUGUAUGUACUGAAUGUGGGAAAGCCUUUAUUCGGAAGUCACAUCUUAUUACACAUGAGAUAAUUCAUACUGGAGAGAAACCCUAUGAAUGCAGUGACUGUGGGAAAGCCUUUAUAAAGAAGUCACAUCUCCAUGUGCAUCAGCGAAUUCACACAGGAAAGAAUCCCUUUAUAUGUUCAGAAUGUGGGAAGGUCUUUACCCAUAAGACAAAUCUCAUUAUACACCAGAAAAUUCACACUGGAGAAAGACCCUAUAUCUGUACUGAAUGUGGGAAGGCCUUUACUGACAGGUCAAAUCUGAUUAAGCACCAAAAAAUUCAUACUGGAGAGAAGCCCUAUAAAUGCAGUGACUGUGGAAAAUCAUUCACCUGGAAGUCACGGCUCAGGAUACAUCAGAAAUGUCAUACUGGAGAGAGACAUUAUGAGUGCAGUGAAUGUGGGAAAGAAUUCAUUCAGAAGUCAACACUAAGUGUGCACCAGAGAACUCAUAGAGGGGAAAGACCCUAUGUUUGCACUGAAUGUGGGAAGGCCUUUUUCCACAAGUCACAUUUUAUUACACAUGAGAGAAUUCAUACUGGGGAGAAACCUUAUGAAUGCCGUGACUGUGGGAAAUCCUUUACUAAGAAAUCACAACUCCAUGUACAUCAGCAAAUUCACACAGGAGAGAAACCUUACAGAUGUGCUGAAUGUGGAAAGGCCUUCACUGACAGAUCAAAUCUCUUUACACACCAGAAAAUUCAUACCGGAGAGAAACCAUAUAAAUGCAGUGACUGUGGAAAAGCCUUCACUCGGAAGUCAGGCCUCCAUAUACAUCAGCAGUCUCAUACUGGAGAAAGACAUUAUGAGUGCAGUGAAUGUGGCAAAGCCUUUGCAAGAAAAUCAACACUAAUUAUGCAUCGAAGAAUUCAUACAGGAGAGAAGCCCUAUAUUUGUACUGAAUGUGGGAAGUCCUUCAUCCAGAAGUCCCACUUAAACCGACAUCGGAGAAUUCACACUGGAGAGAAACCCUAUGAAUGCAGUGACUGUGGGAAAGCCUUUAUAAAGAAGUCACAGCUCCAUGAGCAUCAGCGAAUUCACACAGGAGAGAAACCAUAUAUAUGUGCUGAAUGUGGAAAGGCCUUCACCAUCAGAUCAAAUCUUAUUAAACACCAGAAAAUUCAUAAUAAACAGAAACCCUAUAAAUGCAGUGACUUUAGGAAAGCCUUCAACUGGAAGCCACAACUCAAUAUACAUCAGACAUCUGAUACUGGGGAAAUAGAAUGCUCAGUGUCACAAUCAUGGUGUGGGGAUACAGGUUGUGAAAUGCUACAGCUUAACUAAGAAGCAGGAGGUAACCAAAGCCAACUUUCCUCUAUCUACUCAGAAGUAUGAAUAUCGGUCACAUAGCAGAUGUUUAGUUACACAUAUGGGGAGACAUUUUGGAGAAAGUGUUUAAGCAAUGUAUAAUGGUUGUGCUUGGUUAUUUGACAGAUACUGGAAUUGUCAAGCUCCUGCAAAUAAUAGUAAAUAUGCAAGGAGAUAACUUGGCAAUCUUUCUUGUUUCACAUAUUGGAUAAGCAGUUUUAUAACUUCAGGGCUGUUGAGUUUGCCCUGGGUAGCAAAAAUAUGUAGUAUUGAUCAAAUGAAUUUCUUAGUGAGUAGAGUGCUAAGAAAAGUUUUCAUUGUCUAAAAACCCUAAAAACACUGAAAUUAAGGCAAAAGUAUAUACAAUUCAGGUCUAUAAUGAAAAGCCAGAAGUUUUUGUGAAAAUUAACAUUAGAGACACAAGGGAGUGUACAUAUUUUUCUUUUCUUCGGGAAAUUACUAUUAUUUAUUAUUUAUAGUGUCUAUUAGUGUGUGGAAACUUGGAUAAGAAAAUUUUAAAUGUACAAUUUGACUUGAGAUUGGCAAAUCAGAACCACAGGCUUAUCUGAAUAUUUAUAGGCAUCUUUAGGUAACCAGUAUGUUCUCUCAUUUAUUAAUUCUUUGCCAUGGCAGCAGGUAACUCACAUCCAAAAGUAAAAGUGCUCCCAGCUUAUAUUCCAAGAGUGAUCAGUGAUGUAAGCAGCUGCCCCAUAGACAGCCUGUCACCUUAGCACUGGCCCUGAGCUCAUGAAACUUAGCCAUAGGUUAAAGAUCUAGAUAUCAGCACUUUGGAUUCUCAGCCUUGUCCACAGAAACCCAUUCUUUCUUGCUGAUUUCUGUUUGAAAAAAGAGACAAGAAAAUGGGUUUUAAAACUUAGAAUGCUUGCCUUCCAAUUUUAUUAAUGAUUUCUCUACAUAUUCAUUACAUGCUAGGUAAUUGUGGGACACAAUUGUCUUACAUUUGAGCUUUUCUUAGAAGAUAUAACAUAGAACAGGGUUCAGCAAACUGCAGCUAGCGAGUCACAUGUGGCUCUUUGGGUAUGUUCUGU